GACUUAUAAGCACACACCGAGAAAGCUUAAUGCCGUCGACGUGAAAGAAACGGAAAUGGGGAGGCAGCGUAGGAGCGCUAGGGGAGUUCAAUGGGUGAAUCACUACUCCUCGGCGCAGAGCAUCCUGGUCGUCGGAGACGGGGACUUCUCCUUCUCACUGGCGCUCGCCGCCGUAUUUGGCUCCGGCGAGAACCUUGUCGCCACUUCCCUAGACUCCUACGCCCAAUUUAAACCUAUACGAGGGUAUCUUGAUUUCAUUCCAUACGCUCUGACGAGCAAGUACGGUAAAGCUAAAUCAAAUGUAACACAGCUAGAAAGGUUGGGGGCCACAGUUUUUCAUGGCGUAGAUGCAAAAAUGAUGAAGCGUCACCCUUGUCUGAAGAUGAGACGGUUCGAUCGGAUUGUCUUUAAUUUUCCACAUGCUGGGUUCAUAGGACAUGAGCAAGAUGACCAUAUGAUCAAGGCUCAUCAGUUGCUAGUGAGGAAGUUCUUCCGCAACGCAAGCCACCUGAUUCGUCCUGACGGUGAAAUCCACGUUAGCCACAAGACAGGGCAGCCUUACGACAGAUGGCAAAUUGAAGAAUUAGCAUCUGAGUUUUCACUUGUUAUUUCUGAGAAGGUCAACUUUUGGAAAGAAGACUACCCAGGUUAUAACCAAAAGAGGGGAGACGGUGAAUGGUGCGACGAGGAAUUCCCUCUGCGUAAUGGCUACACUUUCAAGUUCCGUGUCGAACGUGGAGAACCUGAAGAGCCUCCUAGUAGGAAAUUCACCACAUCGCAGAGGGAGAGCCUGCACAGGCUGCAGGAGUCAUUGGAUGAUGUAACCAAGAUGCACCAAGAGAAGGAACAACAACUAUUGAUGUCGCAGCAACAGCUGAUUUCUAUAUCGGAGUCUCUUCGUUCUUGCGUGGAUGCACGCAUCACUCUCAAGAGCAGACUCGAAGAAGAGCAGCGUCGCAGCAGGAAAUUCACCAUGGCGCAGAGGGAGACCCUGCAUAGUCUGCAGGAGUCUUUGGAUGUUGUAACCAAGCUGCACGAAGAGAAGAAACAGCAACUAUUGCUGUUUCGGCAGGAGCUGAUUUCCACUUCGGAGUCUCUUUGUACCUCCGAGCACGUGCGCAACACUCUCCAGAGCAGGCUCGAAGAAGAGCAGCGUUGUAGCAGGAAAUUCAAGUUCCUUUUUGGGUCUAUGAUCAUCUUGUUCCAAAAAUUUUGUAUUUGAUAGCAUGAUGUACUUAAGGCGGUACCCACGAUUCUUUUUUAGAAUCCUAAUCUGAAAUAUGUGAACUGUACCUCUAGGUCAAAACAAAAUUCACCAAGUACUCAAGCUAUUUAGAUUUGA